AACAUGCCUGAACCAGCCAAGUCCGCGCCCAAGAAGGGCUCCAAGAAAGCCGUGACCAAGACCGCCGGCAAAGGAGGCAAAAAGAAGAAGAGGACCAGGAAGGAGAGCUACGCCAUCUACGUGUACAAGGUGCUCAAGCAGGUCCACCCCGACACCGGCAUCUCGUCCAAGGCCAUGAGCAUCAUGAACUCGUUCGUCAACGACAUCUUCGAGCGCAUCGCCGGAGAAGCUUCUCGCCUGGCUCACUACAACAAGCGCUCCACCAUCUCUUCCCGGGAGAUCCAGACCGCUGUGCGCCUGCUCCUCCCUGGUGAGCUGGCCAAACACGCCGUGUCCGAAGGAACCAAGGCCGUCACCAAGUACACCAGCUCCAAGUAGACGGUGCUCCACACCCUUUAUCCAACGGCUCUUUUCAGAGCCACCCACUGCAUCUAAUGAGCUCGCCUUACUCCCAUGUUCGCAGAUGAAUGAAUGUGUACAGUAAAUUGCAGAGAAGUCGUUGAUGUACUCUUCGUAAACCCACUUUCUUCAAUAAAGCU